AUGUCAAGGAAACCGGCCGAUGUGGCGUCCAAGGAGCGCAACGAAUACAUUCCGUCUUUCAUCUCGAAGAAGCCGUUUUACGUCGAUGAUGAUUCCAACAAUGAUUACCUCGAGCAUCAGCGUCUCCAAAAGGCGACCCAGGAUCAGUCCAAAUGGUACGACCGAGGAAAGCGCGCCGGGCCAGCCGCAACCAAGUAUCGCAAGGGCGCAUGUGAGAACUGCGGCGCAAUGACACACAAGACCAAGGAAUGUCUCAGUCGACCCAGAAAACUUGGUGCCAAGUGGACGGGCAAGGACAUUCAGGCAGACGAGGUGAUCCAGAAGGUUGAUAUGGGAUGGGAUGCGAAGAGAGAUCGAUGGAACGGCUACGAUGCCAGUGAAUAUCGCCAAGUCGUUGACGAGUAUGAAGAGCUCGAGACGAUGAAGCGAGCAGCGAAAGAGGGGGCUGAUCUCAAGAGGCUACAAAACGGAGAGGAUGAGGAUGAUGCGGAAGAGGAGGACAUCCGCUACGCCGAAGAGUCCGACAUGGGCCGACAGCAAAGCACCGCCACGCGCAACCUCCGUAUCCGAGAAGAUACUGCCAAGUAUCUUUUGAACCUGGACCUUGACUCCGCCAAAUAUGACCCGAAAACUCGACGAAUGGUGGAUAUGGGUGCACAGGAGGACCAGGCUUCUGCCCUGGUUGCAGAGGAGAACUUUGUUCGUGCUUCCGGCGACGCCGCCGAGUUUGAGAAGGCUCAGCGUUAUGCAUGGGAUGCUCAAGAGGCAGGCAGGGCUCAGAUCCAUCUGCAAGCAAACCCUACAUCUGGAGAAGUUCUCCGUAAAAAGGAGAAAGAGGAUGCUGAAGCCAAACGACAAGCCCAGCGCGAAGCCCUCCUAAACAAAUACGGAGGCGACGAACAUUUGAAUGCAACCCCGUUGCGCGACACGAUGGUUGUCGAGAACGAGCGGUUCGUUGAAUAUGAUGAAUCCGGUGCCAUCAAGGGCGCUCCCAAAACAGCCACAAAGUCGAAGUACCCCGAAGACAUUAUGGUCAACAAUCAUACAUCGGUUUGGGGCAGUUGGUGGUAUGAAUUCAAGUGGGGCUAUUCAUGCUGUUUCUCGACUGUGAAGAACAGCUAUUGCACGGGUGUAGAAGGAAAGAAGGCCUUUGAGGAAGAGGGCAACAUGUUGUUGCUACCAGAGACGGAUGGUAAUGAUGAUGAUGCUCUGGAACCCCCAAAUGACCCUCGCGAGCUCGAGAGGACAGAGGAGCAGGAGUCUGCCGCGAACAAUAACAAGAAGCGGACGUUGGAGGAACUGAAGUCCGGCAUUACUGAGGAGGAAAUUGAGUCAUACAAGCGCAGUCGACUGGCCGCCGAAGAUCCCAUGGCGAAUUUUAUUGGGAAAGAAACUGACUAA